CUUUUGGAAGCCUUAUCAACACUGACAUCAUUCACAUCAGCUGCUUGGGAAAUGAGACACAAAUCUCAUCGUGUGCCUCCUUCCAGGGUUACUGUGGUUCUGACAGCAGCUACAACUACGCCUCAGUCCACUGCUUCAACGGUUCUUUCAGCUCAGAUUUGUGGGUUUCCUUGGAGGCUGGUCAAGGGCUUCUCGCCAACUCCUCCGGCCGACUGGUGGUCACUCAAGGCGGUGUUCGAGGCAGAGUGUGUCCAGAAGACUGGGAUGACGUAGACGUCAGCGUGGUCUGCAGACAACUGAGGUACCAUGGUGGUGUGGCACUGGCUUUCUCGGACAGGCACUGGUCCAUACCUGCUCAGCAAUGUGGCCUGUACAGGUGUCGAGACGUCCAUCUUUGAUUGCGCAAGCAGCGGACCGUGUUCUGUCACCAACCGGAGUCCACCUGAUGUCGGUGCUGUGUGCUUCAGCGACAACUCAAUCGUAGUACAGCUUGUAGGAGGGAUUACGGACAAGGAGGGUCUGGUGCAAGUGGUGUACGGGAGCCAUGUAGGAACGGUGUGUGUACCGGAGACCUAUCGUUCUUUUGAAGCCGCCAACGCGGUGUGCAGGCAGCUCGGCUACAUGGACGGCGUGUUUACAAAAUUUCCAAGAGGUUCAGGGACUGUGUCCAUGUCAGAUGUCUUCUGUACUGGGUACGAGACAAGUGUUUUCAUGUGCCGUAGUGGGGGGUUGUUUGUCCCUCCGUCAGACAGAUGUGCCAACCACGACUUCGACCUUGGUGUGCACUGUUCAGACGGUGUGCGUCUGUUCUAUACGAUCCACAACACCAACAACUCCAUCAUUGGCGUGGUGCAGAUUAACCGGGGAUCAGGCUGGAUUAACAUCUGCAAUGAUUUCUUCGGCGACUUGGACGCACAAGUCGUGUGCCGGAGCGAAGGUUACCGUACUCGCGUGUACUGCCCAAGGGCUCGAUGGGUAACCAAGACCGAAACUACUUGUUUGUCGCAGCCCUGAACUGCAAUGGCACAGAGGCCUCCCUCUUAGACUGCCUGAACAACAGAACAUCACCUGCCCAUGGGGAAACACUAAUAGAUACGCUACAGUCUUUUGUAGUCAAACUCCACCGGAG